UCACUCGCGUUCGUGUUCCCUUUAACGUGACUGCGCUUCACAGUUUGACUCGCACUUUCAUGCAAGCAGAUGUCUUUGAGGAAUUACACACAAACAGUUGCCUUGAAUAAGAAAAUACCUCUCUCAGUCGUCCCCCCGACAUUACAGUUAUUGGAUUUAGAAGGCUCUUUGAUGUCCUAUCUCACCCUCCUUAGUCUGGUUUAGAAGUUGAGAUCCAUUUAAGGGAGGAUGGCGGUGUCCGGAAUGUGAGGGGCGCUGCGGUUAAGGUCUCAUGUGAAAAGCUGGAGAAGGAGAAGAGACAGAAAGAUGGAGCAGGCUCAUAGUUUACUGCUGAACGAGGAAGCCUGCAGUCAGCUGCGGGAGCACCAGAGGGCCGAGUUUGUCUUCGAGUGGCUGCGUUUCCUCAAGAAACUACUCCCUGCCACAGACCGGGCCGAUGUGAAACAGAACCAGAAGCGCCUGGUGGAGCAGCUCACGACGGUACUGACGGGUUCUCCGGGCCCCCCGACACGACUGCUGCUGGCACAGUGUCUGGCGCUGGUGUACCGGGUGGGUGACUCCCUCAUGUCCAGUCUCACUGUGGACCGCUGCAAUGACAUCAUCCGCAGCAAGGAUGACUCUCCCAGCUUCCUGCCGACUCGACUGGCAGCUGUGGCCUGUUUGGGUGUGCUGUAUGAGCAACUGGGCCGACUACUCAUCAACUCAUUUAAAGAGAGCGUGGCAAACCUUCUGAAAGCCAUGAAGAGCGCAGAGUCUCAGGGUCGCUGUGAGAUCAUGUUGUGUAUUGAGAGGAUUCUGAAGGGUUUAGGUGUGAGUGCCGUGUCCUGUCACAGAGACAUCUAUAAAGCUGCUCGCACGUCUCUCACCGAUCGCUCCAUGGCUGUGCGCUGUGCUGCCGCAAAGUGUCUUCUGGAGCUCCAGAGAGAGGCUGUCUUCCUGUGGUCCUCAGAGCUGGAGAACGUGGCCACUGUUUGUUUCCGAGCCUUCGAGGGCUCAAACUAUGAUGUCCGAGUCGGCAUCUCAAAACUGCUUGGCACUUUAUUAGCAUCCGCUCUGGACCCCAGACAGACCAUAGCUCCGAGGCCAGGCACCAAGCGCAACUCCCUGAAGGAGGUGAUGGAGCUGCUGAGUUCUGGUUUCCUGCGGGGUGGAGCCGGCUUCCUGCGGGCCAGUGGAGACAUGUUGAAAGGGAGCAGAGAUGUGCGCGUGGGCAUCACACAGACAUGUGUGGUGUUUGUGUCCAUUCUGGGCGGCGCGUGGCUGGAAACGCACUUCUCCUGUCUUCUUUCUCUUCUCAUGGAGUGGGUAUCUCACGCACGGGCGACGCAAUACCCGGCAGAUGCCGUCUCCUGCCGCUGCUGUGUCUCCUUCAUACUGCGGGCCACUCUUGGCUCUUUGCUGGGGGAGAAGGCCCAAAUCGCAGCUGCCAAGGAAAUCUGCCAGUUGAUCGACAAACAGAAGAGGGUUGUGGACGCGGCUCUUCAUGAGGGGAACAUGGAGGCACGUGUGAGCCCUGCGGAUGUCGCAGCUAGUCAGCAUGUGCUGGUAUGUGCUCUUCUGGAGCUGGGCAGUCUGCUACAGGACCUGAGCUCCACUGCCGCCCCACUACUGCUCGACACCAGCAUAGGAAUGUUGGACACCGUGAUCUCUGUUCUUCUUCACCCCAGUGCAUCUGCUCGUCUGGCGGCCGCCUGGUGCCUGCGGUGUGUUGCCGUAGGGAUGCCUGCUCAGGUGGCAGUGUUGCUAGAUCGCUGUGCAGAGAGGCUGAAUGCCCUGAAGUCAUGCCCAGAGGCUGUGGCAGGGUACAGUGCUGCCAUCGCAGCUCUGCUGGGAGCCGUACAGCUCUGUCCGCUAGGAAUAUCACACUCGAAGGGCAAGGUGGUGAUGACCUUGGCAGAAGAUCUGCUGCGCUCUGCAGCUCAGAACAGCAGAAUCUCCAUCCAGCGCACUCAAGGAGGUUGGCUGCUGCUCAGUGCCCUCUUCACAUUGGGUCCCACUGUAAUGGAGCAUCACUUGCCUCGAUUGCUGUUGCUAUGGAAAUGUGCCUUCCCACUGUCUGUGAAGGACUUGGAGAAUGAGCUGCGACGUGGAGACUCCUUCACCUGGCAGGUGACCCUGGAGGGGCGAGCAGGAGCAUUGUGCGCAAUGAAGAGUCUGGUGGUGCACUGCAAAGACCUGCUCACCGAUGAUGUCAUCAGUCGUUUGCUUCCUCUCUUGUCCUGUGCAGUGGCCCUGCUCAAUCAGCUGACCUCUAUCAUUAAAGCCUAUGGAAACCAGAUCAAAAAUGCAGCCACUGUCUUUAGAUUGAGAGUGUAUGAGAUCCUCACAAUGCUUCAACCUAAAACAUAUGAAGAGAGCUUUGGCACAGUGUUGAAGCAGCUGCUGAACGAUCUGACCGGGCCAGAAAUCACAGCAUGUGCUGAGCUGAACCUGCUGCCCUCCCUGUGCUACAUCCAAGACUUGGCACUGUUGGGCCCUGGACUGCAGGAUGUGGAUCAGCACUACAUAGAGGAACAGCUCCAUGGUGGUGGUUCAGGAGGUGGGACGUUAGAAUAUGACCCGUUUACCAUCUUUGAGAAAGCCCAGGAAGUUCCUACCCCCCUCCCGCCAGCCUCUGCCUUAACAGCAGCAGCUGUCCAGCUGUUUGGAGUGAUUUUUCCCCACCUGGGCAUUCAGCAGAAGGCUCAGAUCCUAGAGCAGUUCUGUGAGUUUGUGCGCCAGCUUAAAGGAGCCCGGCAGCAGACUGUUCAAAUCCAUGUAGCUGCUGCUUUCUGCUGCACUUUGAAGUGUUUGGCAUUAAGUCGGAGGGAAUUGGGGUCAGAGGAGGUUCAGAAACCAGCACUGUCUCUCCUAUUGGGGGCGCUAGAGGGCUCAAACCCUCUCUUGCGCUGCGUGGCUGCAGAGGGUUUAGCCAGGCUUGUGCAAGUUCUUAAUGACCCCAAUUUCACCGUUUCCAUCACUCUCAUGAGCUUUGACAAACUGAAGAUGGCAAGGGAUGCCAUCACACGCACAGGUCAUGCUUUGGCACUCAGCGCUGUCUACCGUUAUCUGAGUGGGAUAAGUUCCCCUCAAUAUAUUAGUGCCUGUGUUGGAGUUCUCUUCACCUUGUCCCAGGACAGCACCUCACCUGAAGUACAGAUGUGGGCUCUCCACGCUCUGUCCAUGGUUGUGGAUCUAGCAGGCCCUCUGUAUCACAGUCACCUGGAGGCUAGUUUCACUUUGGUGCUACGUUUGCUCCUCUCGACGCCACACACACAUGUGGAGGUGCAGCAAAGCCUGGGCCGCUGCCUUAACGCCCUUAUCACUUCCAUGGGGCCGGAUCUGCAAGGUGAGGGUGCAGGUGUGUGUGUAGUGAGGACCUCGUGUUUGGUGGGCUGUGCCGUGAUGCAGGACAGUCAGGACUGUCUGGUCCAGGCCCAGGCGAUCUCCUGCCUCCAGCAGCUGCACAUGUUUGCGCCACGCUUCGUCAAUCUGGCCAGCCUGGUGCCCAGCCUCUGUGAAAUCUUAUUGGAUUAUUCUGUGUUGAUAAACCUGUGCAGCUCAUACCUGUCUCUGAGGUGUGCAGUUGUGGCCUGCUUGAGACAGCUGGCUCAGAGAGAAGCAGUGGAGGUAUCGGAGCAUGCAGUCGCUUUGGUUAAAGAGCUACCACGCAGAGACAACACACAAUUGGAUGUCACUAUUAAGGAGGUGGGAUUGGAGGGAGCUUUGUUCAGUCUGCUGGACAGGGAGUCUGACCCGCGCCUGUGCCGAGACAUUCAGGAGACGCUUGUCCACAUGAUGAGUUUGGCGGCUGAGAGUAAACUGGCCCACUGGCUCAAACUCUGCAAAGAUGUGCUCUCUGCCUCUGCAGACUCAGCUGUAGAAACGCUGCAGGAGGAGGAUGGAGAUCGAUAUGAUGACUCCUCUGUGUUCCACGCAAAGUCUGAAUCCAGCGGCCCCUUCAAUAACCUGCGCUGGUCCACUCGUGUGUUUUCCAUGGAGUGUGUGUGUCGCAUAAUAGCACAGUGUGAGAACGGAGACCCGGCUCACUUCAACAUGGCACUCGCUCAAGAACAGCGUUUACAUGAAUCUGCAGAUUUCCUGGUUCUUCACUUGGCGGACCUUAUCCGCAUGGCUUUCAUGGCAGCCACAGAUCACAGCGAUCAGCUCCGACUGGCUGGUUUACAAACACUGCUGGUCAUUAUCCGGAAAUUCUCCAGUGUGCCAGAGCCUGAGUUCCCUGGACAUGUCAUUCUGGAACAGUAUCAAGCCAAUGUUGGAGCUGCGCUCAGACCUGCCUUCCAUGUGGACGCCCCUCCGAAUGUGACUGCCAAAGCCUGCCAGGUUUGCAGUGCAUGGAUCGCCAGUGGGGUCAUCAGUGACCUGCGUGACCUGAGAAGGGUGCAUCAGCUUCUGGCUUCCUCUCUUGCCAAAGUACAGGUGGGGAGAGACGUCACCAGUCAGCUCUAUAAUGAAAGCACCUUCACCAUGGAGACGCUGGCUGUGCUCAAAGCCUGGGCGGAGGUGUAUAUCACAGCGGUACAAGGCUCCAGGCAGAGGGAGAGUCCGGGCAGCCAUCUCCAGCAUCAGAGUGAUGAGGCUGGCACUGCAGAUCCAGCAGGGGCUGGUUUGCUCAAACUGGUUCAGACUGAUCUUGCAACUCUGAGCCGCCUGUGGCUGGCUGCCCUUCAGGACCAUGGCCUGCUCACCCUGCCCUCGCAAUACUCCAGUCAACUCCCCUCCACAGGUGGCUCGUUUUACACUGCAGAGACGGUGGAACAGGCCCGGCCACAUUAUUCCAGUGCCUGGGCUACCAUUCUCCACGCUACUGCUCUCUGGCUCAACAGCACCGGGUUCAUCAUGGUGGACGAGGGACCUGCCAACCUCUCCAGACCGGUCACACCCACCUCCAUGGGCCAGUCCACCUCACUGAGCAGUGUCAAAUCCCCAGAGGACGUCAGCACUGACCGCCUCCACCUGAUCCUGGGAAUCAGUGUGGAAUUUUUGUGCUCUCCUCACUCUGGAGACCAAAUGGAAAACAUCAAUUCUUGUCUUCAGGCUCUGCAGGCCUUAUUGGAGGUGCCUUGGCCCCGUUCGAAAGUGGGCAAUGAUCAGGCUUUGAGUGUGGAGCUGCUCAGUGUUCUACACAGGCUCAUAGUCACUCGGGAAUCUCCCAGUAUUCAACUGGCUGUGCUAGAACUGGUGCGGCAGAUUGUUUGUGCUGCUCAGGAGCACGUCAAAGAGAAACGCCACAGUGCUGAGGUCGAUGAUGGUGCAGCAGAGAAGGAAACUGUUCCUGAGUUUGGUGAGGGACGGGACACUGGUGGCCUGGUGCCUGGGAAGUCUCUUGUUUUUGGAGCGCUCGAGCUAUGUCUCUGCAUGCUUGUGAGAAAGCUUCCGCAGCUUAGCCCCAAACUGGCUGGCAGCCCCACGGGGCGGGGAGGACAGACCUGCUUCCUCAGCAACACUGACUGUAGACUCGUCACAUCUGCUCUGGCCAUCCUCUCAGAACUGCCCUCCAUCUGUUCACCAGAGGGCAGUGUGUCAGUGCUGCCCACAGUGCUCUAUCUGCUGCUCGGGGUGUUGAGAGAGGCGGUGAAGGGCUCUGUUGGAGCUGAGAGUGGACAGCUGGUACCAGGCAUCCUGCAGGCCUUGCGCACUGUUCUCACCUCUCCCAUGAGCAGAGCUGAGAAGAGUCAUGGGGCCUGGACUGAACUGCUGAGAUGUGCACUGCACACGCUCUUGGAGUCUUGGCAUACAGAUAAAAUGGAGCCUGGAGUGGAUGAGGUUACCAUGUUGACAUCCCUCACCAUCUUCCUGCUGUACGCCAGUGCUGAGGUGACUGCUGUGGAGCCCCUGCAGACACGCUGCAUCCAGGCAUUCAGAGCCAGCCUGGAGUCUAAGGACCCCGUGGUGCUGAGCAGAAGUUAUCAGUUGCUAGUAUCUUUAUUCCAAGGCCCAGCGCCGGUAGCCAGGCCAUUUAUUCUAGCUCUGGGUGGCCGUCUGUUGUCACAACUGGAGGAAGUGGAAAAGAGUCGUCCUCAAGGCCCAGCAGAGCUACAGGCCGUGCAAGAUGCAAUCCGAGCCCUGGAAGCACUAGUGUUUGCUGCAGACGAAACUCACCGUCCACAGCUGGUGGCUGUGCUGUUGCCCAUCCUCAUCUCUCUCCUGCUGGAUGAGAAUGCUCUGGCAUCAGCUCCAGCAGCCUCUCGCUCACUGCACGAGUCCGCCUUAAGAGACCUCAUGCGCAUCGGCCCCCAGCACUCGGCUGUCUUCAAAGCACUGAUGGCCUCCGCCCCGCACAUGAAAGCCAGGCUGGAGGCAGCCGUCAAGGGCAACCAGGAGAGCGUGAACACUAAGGCACAAGCACCUCGAGUAAUUAACAAAAACACGCCCAGCAUUCAACUGAAGAUCAAUUUCCUGUGAAUCCUCCUGACUGGAUAUGAUACGAGUAUUAUGUUUUUAAUGACUAAGUGAAUGUUGGGGUGUUGUUUUAAUCGGUUUUGUUUUUAAAGAUAAAUCAAUUUUAAAAUUGUGUUUAGUUUAAAUACAGUAGUCCAUUUUAAAACCGCAUUAACCUCUAUGAGGAACUUAAUACAUAUUUACUCAGAAAGUAAGGGGCAGUGUGUUUCACAUGCAGAACAGCUGAACCAUGGGAGUGAAUUUUAUAAGGUUACUGUUUAUAGAAACUUUUUGUUAGUUUUAAUGGUUAGCUUGCUUACAAGCUUGAAUAAUUUUCAUUAACCUUUGUUAUGCAUAGCAUGGGUUUUUUGUGAGAAGUGUUUUAUUGUGUCUGUACAAAUAUUGCAAAUCAUUAGUUUCUCAUUGACAUGCUGCAGCUCACAACUAAACCUGAGCAGCUGCACUGCUGGUAAUCAGGUAUCUGCUGACUUUACAUAUACAGUUUUAGUGCAUUUUAAUAUUAUAAUUUUAAAAUGUUAAAUAUUUUAGGUUGCGUAGAGAUAGUAGCACGUGUUGUGAAUGUGAAUUUAUGAUAAAGCAUUACUAACAGAUACUUGGAUGAAUCACAUCUCUGCACUGAUGCUUUGAAUACAUCUGCAGUACGCAUUCAUAUGGAAGCCCAUUUCUGCCACAUAAGAAUAAAAUCAUGGUUUGGUAAAUUAUUAAGACAAGAAGUCAAAAUUGUGACAUACUAAGUUAAAACUGAGAUAUAAAGUAAUUUAUUGUAAUUGACUUCUCAUAAUUUUGACUAGCACAAUGUAAUGGUUCAUGUCAAUUUUGACUCCUCAUACAUAUGUAUUCUUAGUAUGUCAGUUUUGACUCAAUAUUGACAUAAUAGUUUUGACUUUUGAUCAUAAUUAAGAUUUUUUUAUCUCAUGAUUUUUUUUUCUUGUGUGGCAGAAAUUGGCUUCCAUAUGUUAAAAUGGUACUUUAUUUACAAACAUAUUUUACACUUUUUAGUUUUUUUCUGUAUCCUAAUUAUGCAUGCAAAUAUUUGUUGGUGUCUCUGAAUUUCAACGCAUAACUAUCUUGCACUUGCAGGCAACAUAAGUGAUAGAUGAAUCCUACACAAGCAAAAAUGUUGAACAAGCAACAAAUUAAUAUGUACUACUAUAAACGCACUACUAACAAGUUUACAAUGCAAAUGGAAGAGUUUCAGCUAAUAUUGGACCAUUGUUUUUCUUCUAGAAGCAGCAAUGAUCAAGUACAAUUAUGCAUUUGUAACCAUAGCAGUUAUUUUGUAUGUUGUAAAUUGUACAAAAUCAUUAAUAGGGCAAGAUUAACAUUUAUUUUCUGAUUAUACUGGAAUAAUAAAAUCUAGUUUUGCUUCAA